UCAGGUAUCGAAAGUGUAUUCAGGCUAAUCACGGCCCAAAUACGGUAUAAUUCUUCCUUUGCGCUUGAGCCAUAUAAUGGCAUACUACACAUUCGGUCUACAAAUGGAUUUCCUCUCCUCCUCGAUGGGAGCCCGAGUCCAAGGAAGACGUUCCAGGUGCUCGAGAUCGUCGGCCGGGGCAUUGGAAUCAUCCUAUGACAGCGCAUACUCACCGACGCCUUUCGGAGAACCUGAAGAGUUGAAAGACCAAGCGUUUAUCAACUUGUCUGGCUGUUACUCAUUUUGGAUACAUCUCCACUUGUGCAUACCAUGCAUCUUUUCUUUAAUGGGUUUGUUCUCACGCCAGAACAACUGCUUAUUAUAGGCAAUCUCAUGGUUGGUUGAGGCCAAUAGCCUUCGAAAUAGUCAGCACUCACUCCCACGCCCCAACACUCACCAGGUCCCCCUCGCUUACAUCAGAUCAGCCCAUC